UGGCUCUCAGACAGGAGAAAAAGAGCUUUACAGAAGAAGGAUGUGGAUAUCCGUAGAAGAAUUGAACUUAUUCAAGACUUUGAAAUGCCAACGGUUAGCACAAAGAUUAAGGUAUCAAGAGAUGGACAGUAUAUUAUGGCAGUUGGAACUUACAAGCCAAGGAUCCGCUGUUUUGAUACCUAUCAGUUAUCCCAGAAAUUUGAGAGAUGCUUAGACUCUGAAGUGGUUACGUUUGAGAUUUUAUCAGAUGAUUACUCAAAGAUUGUCUUUUUGCAGUGUGGCAGGUUUGUGGAGUUCCAUUCACAGCACGGCCAUUACUACAAGACCAGAAUACCAAAAUUUGGUAGAGAUUUCUCCUAUCACUAUCCAUCGUGUGACCUGUAUUUUGUAGGAGCCAGUUCAGAAGUAUACAGGCUAAAUCUGGAACAAGGAAGGUUUCUCAACUCCCUGCAGACUGAUGCUUCAGAGAGUAACGUCUGUGACAUAAAUCCUGUGCACUUUUUGUUUGCUAUGGGGACAGCUGAGGGUAAAGUGGAAUGCUGGGAUCCUAGAACAAGAAAUCGAGUUGGGCUGUUGGACUGUGCUUUAAGCAGUGUGACAGCAGACACAGAGAUAGAAGGUUUGCCAUCCGUUUCAGCACUGAAGUUUGAUGGAGCUUUGAAUAUGGCUGUUGGAACAUCUACUGGGCAGGUUUUAUUAUAUGAUCUCCGGUCUAGUAAUCCAUUAAUAGUCAAAGAUCACCACUAUGGCCUCCCUAUUAAGUCAGUGCAGUUUCAACAUCAGUUGGAUUUAAUUAUUUCUGCAGAUUCUCGAAUCAUAAAAAUGUGGAACAAAGAUACGGGGAAGAUAUUUACUUCAAUGGAGCCAGAAUAUGAAAUAAAUGAUGUCUGCCUGUAUCCAAAUUCAGGAAUGUUAAUGACUGCCAAUGAAGCCCCUAAAAUGAGUAUCUAUUAUAUACCGGUUUUAGGACCUGCCCCAAAAUGGUGUUCCUUCUUGGACAACUUGACUGAAGAACUGGAAGAGAAUCCAGAGAGCACAGUAUAUGAUGAUUACAAAUUUGUUACCAGAAAAGACCUUGAAAAUUUAGGCCUUGCUCAUCUCAUUGGAUCAUCAUUGCUCAGAGCAUAUAUGCAUGGCUUUUUCAUGGACAUCAGACUUUACCAUAAGGCUAAAAUGAUGGCCAACCCCUUUGCCUAUGAAGAAUACAGAAGAGAGAAAAUCAGACAGAAGAUAGAAGAAACACGUGCACAGAGAGUUCAGCUAAAGAAACUUCCAAAAGUCAAUAAAGAGCUUGCACUCAAACUGAUUGAAGAAGAAGGCGAAGAGCAACAGUUUACUAGAAAAAGGAAACAAAAG